GUAGAUUCGCACGAUUUCCCUCCCUAAAUCCUAUUGGCCCAUCUCCACCUCCAAGCCCAUUUCACCCUCCUCCCUCUUAUAUCAUCACAAUUCACAACCCAUCACUCUCUCUCUCUCCGCUCUCUCUCCCUCACUCUUCCACUUCGAUCAUUCCACAGUGCUCGCAGUCUCUGCCUCCAAGCCUCACCAGGCUUCCUUCCUUCCUUGCCCUAGGGUUUCUUCCUGAUGGCGUUCUCCUAAGAUAAUGGCCGCCAGUCCCCGAGGCAUCGCCUCCGCCACUCCCUUCGGAAGGCUCGAUGACCACUCUCCUCUUCUCCUGCGCCGUCGCCGCGGACUCGACCUGAGGAAGGCUUCCAGGAAGCUCAGGCUCCGCCGCAUCGGAUGCUGCUGCUCCGACCCCGUCGUUCCCAUUCGCCUGGCUGCCGGCGCCGGCAAGAGCCCCGAGAAGCCCGAAGAUUGGCGCUUCGACUCCAAGAAGAGCCCUCACCGGGUCCGAAUCCAGGCCGUCCCCGCAAUGCCCUUCGCUUCACCUCAGUCUCAUUUUGUUUCUAAACAAGAAAAGAAAUUUUAUCCUCGCUGUACACCGAGGAAUUCUGGUCCACAGUCCCGUGACACUCCACCAAAAAGAGAUACUGGAAUUGCAAAUGAGAAGGAUUGGGGUAUCGACUUGUUGAAUGAAAAUGUCAAUGAAUCUGGCACUAAUGAAGAUGGCAGUACUUGGUAUCGAGAAAGUGGGGAGGACCUAGGUGAAAAUGGAUACAGAUGUAGAUGGGCACGAAUGGGUGGUCAGUGCGAUGAUGGUACUUCAGAAUGGAAAGAAACGUGGUGGGAGAAAAGUGACUGGACCGGGUACAAAGAGCUAGGAGUGGAGAAAUCCGGAAGGAAUGCUGAAGGGGAUUCAUGGUGGGAAACAUGGCAAGAAGUUUUGCAUCAAGAUGAGUGGAGUAAUAUAGCAAGGAUAGAGAGGAGUGCACAAAAGCAGGCAAAGUCGGGGACUGAAAAUGCUGGGUGGUAUGAGAAAUGGUGGGAGAAAUAUGAUGCUAAGGGCUGGACUGAAAAGGGGGCACACAAGUAUGGUAGACUAAAUGAACAAUCAUGGUGGGAGAAGUGGGGAGAGCAUUAUGAUGGAAGAGGAUCCGUCCUAAAAUGGACAGAUAAAUGGGCUGAGACUGAACUAGGAACCAAAUGGGGAGACAAGUGGGAAGAGAAGUUCUUUGCUGGUAUUGGUUCGCGUCAAGGGGAGACGUGGCAUGUAUCUCCCAGUGGUGAACGUUGGUCAAGGACAUGGGGAGAAGAGCACUUUGGAAAUGGUAAGGUGCACAAAUAUGGGAAAAGCACAACAGGAGAAAGCUGGGACAUUGUUGUGGAUGAGGAAACCUAUUAUGAGGCUGAACCUCACUAUGGAUGGGCUGAUGUUGUGGGAGAUUCAAGCCAGUUGCUUUCUAUCGAACCCCGAGAGAGACCACCCGGCGUCUACCCAAAUAUUGAUUUUGGGUCUUCUCCACCACGGCCAGCUGAUGAGCCACCAGAUUUGCCUCCUUCCCAGUGAAGAGCCGGCUUUUACUCGUGUUUUGUUAUAGAUGGUUUGAAUUGUUAUUGAAAUGCAAUUAUAAUGUUUAAAACUCUUUUGCAACAGAAUGUUGCAGGCUCGUCAAUUUAUUCAUUCUUUCAAUUAUGAAUGCUCCUUCCCUGUGAAAUUAUGGACAUUGUUCGACAAGUUUUUGAAUAUAUGUAGAAUGAUGAGCAAUAUACUUUGUGAUUGUUGAA